AUGAAGUCCAACAAGGACAAGUGUAAGGUCUUGCACCCAGGAAAACAUAAUUCAGAAGUGCAAGCACAGGCCCUGGCUGAGGAGCAGCUCUAUGGAAAUGGACCUGGGGUCCUGGUGGUUGACAAGCUCAGUAUGAGUGAACAGUGUGAUGCAGCAGCAAAGAAAGACAACAGGAUACUGGAUUGCAUCAACAAGGGCAUCACCAGCAGAGCCAGACGUACAAGUGGAUAUAACCAAUUAGUAGAGAACUUAGUCCUGGCUGAGGAUUGGACAUGCUGUAUAUGUAUACUACACAUGACUGCAGCUAGAUUUCAACCGCUGGACCCUUGGCAUCAUAAGGAAGAAGCAACAUCUGCUGAGCCAGAUAGCAGCUCCCCACUCACCAAACUAGAUGCUGUGCCAAGUCUGCUUCAUGUGGAGCUAAAUAUUCCUAGUACUCUCAUACAGGAUUGUGGCUCUCGAAUUCGUCCAGAGGAGUCCUGUGGUUUGCAGCCUCUGUCUCAUGAAUACCUCUCAGCAAUUUCAGAGACGGUGACUAAGACCUGUGAAGCUGGAGACAUGAAAGGGCAGUGGAUUGUCCCUUGCCUCAGCUGUUCUGACAACAGGACCUGUGACUGGAGAGAAAUAACGUGGCAGCCCCACGGCUGCCAAUACUCCGUGCUAGCCAAGCCUGAGCUCCAGCGCUGUGUGGAGGGCAGAAGGAUUCUUUUUAUAGGUGACUCGACGAACAGAGGGAUGAUGUACUAUCUAAUAGAAAGAGUGAAUAAGACUCUUCAGGAAUGGCAAAAGACUCAUGAUGUUAAGUGUUAUCAUAAUAUCAAUGAGGGGAAAACAUUUAUCAGCUACUCCUACUACCCCCAGUUUUGGAUGAAUGCAAACCAGAGACCAACUUUUGAAAAAGCACUAGAACAACUGCUGCAGAGAUCACGUCCCCUGGAGAACACAGACCAGACCGUAUUAAUUGUAGGUGGUGUUCAGUGGCUUAAUUCCAAUCACCUGCAAAUUAUCCAAAAGGUGUUGAAUAGGGAAAAUCUGUCAAAUAUCCUGGUAAUCAUCAAAUCCAUAGGUAUGGGCUUUCACCUCCCAGUGGAUGGAAUACAUUCUCUAUCCCAGGCAGAAAUGCAAAACUUGUGGAAUGAAAAUUCGAUUAUUCUGAAUACAGCGAAAAAUUUUGGCUAUGAAGUUGUUGACACCUUUGUCAUCACUAUGGGACGUUACAAAGAAUUCCUGCAAGGGAAGUGCGGCUGCCAUUUCCAUGAGGUGGUGAAAUCCAAUCCCUCUGAAGAAAGACCACACAUAGCAAUGACAUUAUCAAGGCACUAUACACUGGGGAAGUAUUUCGGCAGCCAAAGCAAGCGAUCACAACUGCAGGACUAUGCAACAAAUUCUCAGUCCCCAUAUCGUGUCCGAGGUCCAAUAAAUCAAGUUUAUUCUGAAAUCCUUCUCAGCAGGAUCUGUGCAA